AGGCGGAAUAUGCAGAGUAUGACGGGCUCUCUCCCGCGCGGGGACAGACAGGAGCUAGUAUAAACGUGCUCCGGGCUAUCGGGGUGUAAGAAAACAACGCUACUUCUGUCACUGACCUCCGGCGCUUCAAAGAGAGAGCGGGUCCCACUGAGCUCCGGCCCAUGUAGAGCGGCCAUGGCCGCGCUGGAGGGCUGCCGCUGCCGUGGUGCCGGCGGUCGAAGCAACAACAGCAUCCUCUACAGCAUUUUGAAGAAUGACAGCCUCGCGAGCACCGAGGAGCAACAUCAUCAUGAACAUCAACAGCAACAACAACAGCAACAACAACAGCCCCAACAAGAAACGGUGCAAAACUUGCACAGGACCUCCUCCUCCUCCUCCGCCGCCGACCGCGCCUCGCCGCAGGAGCUCCGGCAGCAGGCUUGCUCCUGCGGCUCCACGCGGCGCCGGGGUGUCCUCCGCUCCCCGCAGGUGACGUGCAAAGCCGCCUCGGCGGUUCUGGUGAAGACACUGCGGUUCGUGAAGAACGUCCCGUGUUUCCGGGAGCUGCCGGAGGACGACCAGCUGACGUUGAUCCGCAGCGGCUGGGCGCCUCUGCUCGUGCUCGGACUCGCGCAAGACCGGGUGGACUUUGAGACGGCGGAGACCGUGGAGCCCAGCAUGCUGCAGCGCAUCCUCACGGGUUUACCGGACAGGCACAGCGAGGUGCCGGCCGGCCAGAGCAGGGCGGAAGCCGGGGUAUCUGUCGCGGACAUCGACGCUAUCAAAGCCUUCCUGAAGAAGUGCUGGAGUGUAGAUAUUAGUACGAAGGAGUAUGCGUAUCUGAAAGGAGCCGUGCUGUUCAACCCAGACGCGGAGGGUCUGCGCUGUCUCCACUACAUCCAGUCUCUGCGGCGGGAGGCGCACCAGGCUCUGAACGAGCACGUCGGGAUGAUCCACCGGGAGGACGCGACGCGGUUCGCCAAGCUGCUCAUAGCUCUCUCCAUGCUGAGGGCCAUCAGCGCGCCCGUGGUCGCGCAGCUCUUCUUUCGACCCGUUAUAGGCAAUGUCAGCAUCGAGGAGGUGCUCAUGGAGAUGUUCUACGGGAAGUAGAUGGACGGGCGGGUGAAGAGGAUAUUAGGGACUACUACAUUCAGGACUUUUUCUGUAUGUAGGAGGUCGUCGAGGUCUGUGAAAUGAACAACCAGGCACGCGUGUCUCUGUGUGUGUGUGCGUGUGCGUGUGUGUGAGACAAAGGAAGACCGUGUGUUGAAGGCGACAUAUGUUAUAUUAGAGGAAAAUUAUACAAAGCAGCUGCUGGAAUUCCUAACUUAAUUGUUUUUAUACAAACUAUUUUUCUAUAAUAAAAAAAGCUCUCUGGACGUUUGUUUCAUAUCUCUCUUUCCUAAU